UGCAAAUCGUAUUUACGUUGUUAUGAGUGCCAGUCAUUCCUUUUACUCUUGAUUUUAACUGAGUAGUCAAACCGGGAACCGUUUCUCUAAAUAUUCCAUUCCAUUUCUUCACAGUUCUAUUCAUACAACUCUUGACAACGAAAAUGGUAGUGGACCCAGCAUUUGUCAACGCGGGAAAGCAAGAGGGAUUGGAGAUCUGGAGAAUAGUGAACUUGGAGGUGGUCGAGUGGCCCAAGGAGAGAUACGGGGAGUUCUUCGAUGGUGACUCCUAUAUAGUGCUCAAGUCGAAGAAGACGAAGAGUGGCAAUCUGGACUAUGACCUGCACUACUGGAUUGGGCAGAACUCCACCCAGGACGAGUACGGGGCAGUGGCCAUCAAGUCAGUGGAGCUGGACACUUUUUUGGGAGACAAGCCAGUGCAGCACAGGGAGGUGCAGGACAACGAGACCGAGAUGUUCAAGUCAUACUUCGAUGUCCUACAAAUAAAGGAGGGCGGAGCUGACAGUGGCUUCAAACACGUGGAGGAGGAGGUGGUGAAGCCUCGCCUGCUCAGGUUCAAGAUCGAGAAGGGCAAGUUCCACAUGAAGGAGGUCACGUGUAAGAGGGCCAAUCUGGACAGUGGCGACGUGUUCAUUCUGGACAAUGGCAAGGAGGUCCAUCAGUGGAACGGCAAGAAGGCCAGCCCCAUGGAGAGGAUGAAG